ACCUCGGCAGGUAGUGGGCAUGGCAGUGUUUUAAUUUUACUAAAAGUAGUUAAGCUGCGCACUAACUCCGUACUGUUCCGUACAACUACCUGCAGUACUCUGUACCGUCAUCCUCAUUCUUAAUCUUAACGUUUGAUGAAUUAGAGCCUAGCAGGCAGCUAUCCCAAUACCUAGCCCGCAGCCUACUAUGACCCACCGCGCUCGAAGCUUUAAGAUACCACCUUCAUAACGGCAACUGCAUUGGUCCAAAUACCCCCUCUAUUCUUAAUCGUCCCUCGGCCAUUUUUGACAUCGCCCAGUAUGUCCUCCGAGCUUGGCCUGUCUCCUGGGGUUCUGCGUAUACCCAGGACUGACGACCCUGAAUCAUAUGUACUUGUUCAUAUCACUCGCACUAGCUCGUCUCUUGUGGACUUGAACAUCACUGCUACUGAAGGCGAGAACCCGUAUAUUGGUACCGUGCGUAAGUCACACUUACGUGAUUUUCGUUCCAAAAACUAUGAAGGCAACGACGAGGAAUGGGCCGAAAUUGUGUCGCAUGUUUUUGGUCAGCUGGAUGAGUCUGCCGCAAAGGUGAAGCUGUGUGGUAUUGAAUCGUCGGCUAGUGUCAUUGGUGCCAGUGACUCCGAAGACAAGGAGCUAGUGAUCACUAUUCGAAAGAGGAUCCAGACCAUAACUCAAAGGCUUGGCUCCGUGACUCUCAGGCAGGAUGAUCAACAAGCUAUCCAGCUCUUUGACUGGGCAGGGAUUGCUGCCGUCAGGUCGUAUACUCUCGAGCAGCGUUUCGCUUCAUUGCUUGUUCGCUAUCACAGUGCCGAGAACACAAUUAGACAACUGAACAAGCAGCUCGAGGAGUUCAUUUCCGCGAAGACACAGCACGAAGAACAACUGAUAGUCAAUUUCGUCCAGCUGUUGAACGAAAAAAAACUCAAGAUACGCAACCAGCAACGCUUGCUAGCCUCUGCAAAAGUAGACCGGGAAAAAGUGUCUUGGAUCCAGAAUGCAACAUCAGAUCAGCAUAUCCGACCGCACAAGAAUAUUCGGGCCGCAAAGCGUACCGCUGCGGAAAUGAGCGACGGUGAGGCUGAGAGUGAAGAGGAAUUCGAAACAAUGGAAUUCAAUCAAACCAUGCACCCAAUUGAUUUUGAGGAGGCCAAUGAGACGACCGAUGAACGAUCUUCAACACCCCAGCCACUGGAGGAAUGGGGCGAGAAUGCCACUGAUGAAGGGUCUCCUGCACCCUCAGAUCUGAUUGGCGGUGAGGACGAAAUGCAUAUGUUCGAACAAAGAUGUCCGGCUGGUCCUCCUGUUAUGAAGGAAUCGCCUGCUCCCCCUCCGCGAAGAGAGCUUCCAUUUGCCAGAAAGGCGCAAACGACCAUAAAAAAACCAAAUGAACAGCAGAAUAACACAGAGGAUACUACCGGGGAGACAGAUGACGAUGAACUAUGACUCGCAUCAGCGUUUAAUUAAUGAGCAGUAGUUGGGAUUACUUGGCGUAUAUCACAAUUCUUGUUGCACUAACACUUGUCACUCUCCAAUCUGAACAAGCUGGACACUCUUUAAUUUGUGAAAUGCAACCAACUUCAACGCUUCAUCCACAGGUCUGGCAUUAU